CCGCCCCCGGCCCGGCCUCCUCCCACCUCCCUCCUCCCUCUCCUGCUCCCUCCUCCCUCCCGCCUCCCCAGCUGUCCCGUUCGCGUCAUGCCGAGCCUCCCGGCCCCGCCGGCCCCGCUGCUGCUCCUGGGGCUGCUGCUGCUCGGCUGCCGACCGGCCCACGGCACCGGCCCCGAGUCCCCCGCGCUGCCCAUCCGGCCCGAGAAGGAGCCGCUGCCCAUUCGGGGAGCGGCAGGCUGCUCCUUCGGCGGGAAGGUCUAUGCCUUGGACGAGACGUGGCACCCGGACCUAGGGGAGCCCUUCGGGGUGAUGCGCUGCGUGCUGUGCGCCUGCGAGGCGCAGCCUCAGUGGGGUCGCCGAGCAAGGGGCCCGGGCAGAGUCAGCUGCAAGAACAUCAAACCCGAGUGCCCAGCCUUGGCCUGCGUGCAGCCUCGGCUGCUGCCGGGACACUGCUGCCAGACCUGCCCCCAGGAGCGCAGCAGUCCUGAGAAGCCGCCAACGGGUCUGGCCUUUGAGUAUCCCCGGGACCCAGAGCACCGCAGCUACAGUGACCGCGGGGAGCCGGGCUCUGAGGAUCGGGGGAGAGGAGAUGGACACACGGACUUCGUGGCGCUGCUGACAGGACCUAGGUCGCAGGCCGUGGCAAGGGCCCGGGUGUCUCUGCUGCGCUCGGGUUUGCGUUUCUCCAUCUCCUACAGACAGCUGGACCGCCCUACUCGAAUCCGCUUCUCAGACUCUGCCGGCAGCGUCCUGUUUGAACACCCUGCUGCCCCCACUCAAGAUGGCCUGGUCUGUGGGGUGUGGCGGGCAGUGCCUCGGUUGUCUCUGCGGCUCCUUAGGGCAGAACAGCUGCAUGUGGCGCUUGUGACACCCACUCACCCCUCGGGGGAGGUCUGGGGGCCUCUCAUCCGGCACCGGGCCCUGGCUGCAGAGACCUUCAGUGCCAUCCUGACCCUAGAAGGCCCCCCACAGCCUGGCAUAGGGGGCAUCGCCCUCCUCACUCUCAGCGACACGGAGGACUCCUUGCAUUUCUUGCUGCUUUUCCGUGGACUGCUGGAAUCCAGGAGCGGGGGACCGGCCCAGGUGCCCUUGCGGCUCCAGAUUCUACACCAGGGGCAGCUACUGCGAGAGCUCCAGGCCAAUGCCUCAGUCCAGGAGCCAGGCUUUGCUGAGGUACUGCCCAACCUGACUGCCCAGGAGAUGGACUGGCUGGUGCUGGGGGAGCUCCAGAUGGCCCUGGAGAGGGUGGGCGUGCCAGGGCUGCGCAUCCGUGGACACAUCGCUGCCAGGCAGAGCUGCGAUGUCCUGCAAAGCGUCCUUUGUGGGGCUGACGCCCUGAUCCCAGUUCAGACAGGGGCAGCCGGCUCAGCCAGGCUUACACUGCUGGGAAAUGGCUCCCUGAUCUACCAGGUGCAGGUGGUAGGUACAGGCAGUGAGGUGGUGGCCUUGACCUUGGAGACCAAGCCUCAGCGGAGAAACCAGCGCACUGUCCUGUGCCACAUGGCCGGACUCCAGCUGGGAGGACACACAGCUGUGGGUGUCUGUCCUGGACUUGGCGCCCGAGGGGCUCAUAUGCUGCUGCAGAAUGAGCUGUUCCUGAACGUGGGCACCAAGGACUUCCCAGAUGGAGAACUGCGGGGUCAUGUGUCUGCCCUGCCUUAUAGUGGACACAGCGCCCGCCAUGAGACACUGCCCGUGCCCUUGGCAGGAGCCCUGGUGUUACCUCCUGUGCAGAGCCAGGCAGCAGGACAUGCCUGGCUCUCCCUGGACACCCAUUGUCACCUGCACUAUGAAGUGCUGCUGGCUGGGCUUGGUGGCUCCGAACAGGGCACUGUCACUGCCCACCUCCUCGGGCCUCCUGGGAUACCAGGGCCCCGGCGGCUGCUGAAGGGAUUCUAUGGCCCAGAGGCCCAGGGCGUGGUGAAGGAUCUGGAGCCUGAGCUGCUGCGGCUCCUGGCCCAGGGCAAGGCCUCAUUGCUGAUCACCACCAAGGGGAGUCCCCAAGGGGAGCUCCGGGGGCAGGUGCACAUCGCCAACCAGUGCGAGGUAGGCGGCCUGCGCCUGGCAGCUGAGGGGACUGAAGGAGCGUGGGCGGCCAGGGCUCCCGAUGCAGCAGCCCCGGCACUGCACCCACUGCCCGCUGUGCUGGGCCCCGACACUCCUGUGCCAGCCAAACCAGGAGGCCCCGGGCGCCCGCGAGACCCCAACACCUGCUACUUUGAGGGGCAGCAGCGCCCCCAUGGGGCUCGCUGGGCGCCUAACUAUGACCCGCUCUGCUCACUAUGCACCUGCCAGAGACGCACAGUGAUCUGUGACCCUGUGGUGUGCCCGCCGCCCAGCUGUCCCAGCCCUGUGCAGGCACUAGACCAGUGCUGCCCUGUGUGCCCGGAGAAACAAGAUGUCAGAGACCUUCCUGGGCUCUCCCGGACCAGAGACCCGGGAGAGGGCUGCUAUUUUGAUGGCGACCGGAGCUGGCGGGCAGCGGGUACCCGGUGGCACCCCGUCGUGCCCCCAUUUGGCUUAAUUAAGUGUGCUGUCUGCACCUGUAAGGGGGGCACUGGAGACGUCCACUGUGAGAAGGUGCAGUGUCCUCGGCUGGCCUGUGCCCAGCCGGUCCGUGCCAACCCCACUGACUGUUGCAAACAGUGUCCAGUGGGGUCAGGGGUCCACCCCCAAUUGGGGGACCCCAUGCAGGCCGAUGGGCCCCGGGGCUGCCGUUUUGCAGGGCAGUGGUUCCCCGAGAGCCAGAGCUGGCACCCCUCAGUGCCCCCCUUUGGGGAGAUGAGCUGUAUCACCUGCAGAUGUGGGGCAGGGGUGCCCCACUGUGAGCGGGAUGACUGUUCAUUGCCACUGUCCUGCGGUCCAGGGAAGGAGAGUCGCUGCUGCUCCCACUGUGCACCCCGGCGGCCCCCAGAGACCAGGACAGUUCCAGAGCUGGCGAAAGAAGCCGAAGGCUCCUAGGGAGCAGCCGGAAGGCCGCCUGACCAAGAGGACGGGGCCUGGGCUAGGGGAAGGACUGGCGCCAAGGACCCUGCAUUCUCCCAUGGGAAACCCAGUGCCUUUGGCCCCUCUUUUCUGCCUCUUCUCCCUCCCCCCACUACCUCUGGUAACCACACCUCCACAAGGGGAAGGGGCAGCCAGGGCAGACCAAGGCCACAGCCACUCGGACUCCCGCCCUGUCACCCUCCAGCCUCUGCCUUGGAAACCCAACUCCUUUCUUUCUGUACAGAAUGUCACUGGCUUGUUGGGAUUUUUUAAUUUAUCCUCACUCAGCACCAAGGGUCCCCCCACUUCACUCCUGCUGCCCCUGAGCUGAGCAGAGUCAUUAUUGGAGAUUUUUGUAUUUAUUAAAACUUAUUAUUAUUAUUUUUUUUUCAGUCUCAGGGUAAAAGUCAUUUCUUUGUGACCAGGGACCUGAGUGGAGAAGGUCUGAGAGUGGGAGCCCUGGCUCCAGGGGCUUCCCUCUGAGUCUUGGGGAGCAUGAAGAGAUCAGAGAGGGGGGGGGCGCAGUCACUGGCUGGCCCAGAUGCCCCAGUGGGGCUUGGGACUGUUGCUGAGAUGGACCAGAGCCUCAAGAACUCAGGCAGACACAAAUGUGGUUUCCCCGGCCUACCCGUAGAUGGCA